AUGAAUGAAAUAAACAGGAAACUGUUACAAGCUGUUGAGUACGGAAAAGUGGAAACUGUAAGGGAUUUAUUAAAUCAAUAUGGCAUCGGUGCAUCCGAAGCAAAUGGAUAUGUUCUUCUUCGUAAAUCUGUAAGUUCAGGUUCAAGGUGCCAAAAAAUAACUGAAUUGCUUUUAAUCAACGGUGCAAAGGCCAACAGCAAAGGAAACGAAACACAUCCUUCACAUACUCCACUGCACUAUGCUGUUGGACGUGGUGAUAUAGAAACUGUUGAAUUGCUUCUGAAUUAUAAUGCUGACAUUAAUGUAGCAAAUGAAAGACGUGUGACUCCCCUAAUGUUAGCUAUCACCAUAGGCAACGAAAAAAUAAUUGAUAUUCUUUUUGAUAGAGGAGCAUACGUGAGUGCUUCCUGUAUUCAUCUGGCAGUACAAAACAGACAAAUUACUGAAAAACUAUUGCAACUCGGUGUUUCUGCAAAUUGUACUGAUUAUUCAAAUCAACAAUUUACUCCUCUUCUCAGUGCAGCACAAUAUGUUGAAAACUCCUCGGUUGUUGAACUGCUUUUAAAACAUGGAGCAAACGUGAAUGCUCCAAACUGCAUUGCACUUAGCAUCUAA